GUGCCUAGCGCCUAUAGCUAGCUAGCUGUGUGUGUGACGUUAUCGAGAUCUCUUCUCUACCCCAAGGAACAGAAGAAGGAACUGAACUCUCUAUUACCUGUGUGCUGAGGUUUGAAAGAUGUUUGAAAAGAGUCUGGGUGACCUAGUGAGGGGCAUUCGAGCCCACAAAGGCUCUGAGCACCACUUCAUUGCUCAGGCCAUGACUGACAUCAAGAAGGAGCUAAAGCUGGGAGACAUGUCUGUCAAAGCCAACGCCAUCUCAAAGCUCACCUAUCUCCAGAUGAUGGGCUACGAUAUCAGUUGGGCAGCGUUCAACAUGAUUGAAGUCAUGAGCUCCACAAAGUUCACUUACAAAAGGAUAGGUUACCUUGGUGCCACCCAGUGCUUCCAUAAGGAUCUUGAUGUGGUCAUGCUCACCACUAACAUGAUUCGUAAGGACAUCUCCGCCUCUAACCAGUACGAUGCUGGAUUGGCACUCACUGGGCUGGCAUGCUUCAUCACGCCUGACUUGGCUCGGGACCUGGCUAACGAUGUGCUUGCUCUCAUGUCCUCCAGUCGACCUUUCCUCAAGAAGAAGGCCAUCUAUGUUAUGUACAAGGUGUUCCUGGCUUUUCCUGAUGCCCUCCGUCCUGCCUUCCCACGACUCAAGGACAAACUGGACGACCCUGAUGUUGGCGUCCAAUCGGCUGCUGUGAGUGUGAUCUGUGAGCUGGCCCGUAAGAACCCUCACAACUACCUCUCUCUGGCCCCCACCUUCUUCAAGCUCAUGACCAGCUCCACCAACAACUGGAUGCUCAUCAAGAUCAUCAAGCUGUUUGGAGCCCUGAUGCCUCUAGAGCCUCGGCUUGGGAAGAAGUUAGUGGAACCGCUCACCAACCUCAUCCAUAGCACUACAGCCAUGUCUCUGCUCUAUGAGUGCAUCUCCACUGUUAUCACUGGCCUGCCCAACCACACCGCCUCUAUACAGCUGUGUGUGUCCAAGCUGCGACUGUUCAUUGAGGAUAGUGAUCAGAACCUCAAGUAUCUGGGCCUCCUGGCCAUGGCCAAGAUACUCAAGGCACAGCCAAAGAUAGUCCAACAGCACAAGGACCUGAUCCUUGAGUGUCUGGAGGAUCGCGAUGACUCUAUUAGACUGAGAGCUCUGGACCUCAUCUCUGGAAUGGUGUCCAAGAAGAACCUUGUGGAGAUUGUCAAGAAGCUCAUCAAUCACAUGGACACCUCUGAGAGUGCCAAUUAUCGUGAUGAGGUGCUGUCAAAGAUUAUCAUGAUCUGUUCACACAACAACUACCAGUACAUCACCAACUUUGAGUGGUACAUCACUGUGCUUGUGGAGAUGACAAAAUUCGAGGGCACCCGUCAUGGCAAACAGAUUGCGGCUCAGAUGCUGGACGUGACUAUUCGUGUCAAAGAUGUCCGCUCCUUUGCUGUCCGUCAAAUGGCUACCAUUCUAGAGAAUACCCACCUCUUUGUAGGCAGCACACAGAGUGAGGGGAUCUGUGAGGUCUUGUACGCAGCUGCCUGGAUAGUGGGAGAAUUCUCGGAGCAUUUGAGUGACCCUAGAGCCAGUCUCGAUGCUCUACUCAACCCCAAGGUGACGGCAUUGCCUGCUCACAUCCAAGCCGUGUUUGUGCAGAACCUGGUCAAGCUGUACUCCAGUAUCCUGGUCACUGCUGAGGCCGAGGGUACCUCCGAGGCUCUAGAGGAGGUGGGUGCCAUGCUGGUGGAGAGACUACCUAUCUUCAUCCAGUCUGGUGACCUGGAGGUCCAGGAGAGAGCAUGCUGCAUCCUGCAACUCAUGAAGUACAUUGUCAAGCUGCAGGGCAAGGGAGCAGCCGUGGCCGAUGAGUUGGUCAGCCUGUUUGCAGGGGACCUCAAGCCAGUCGCCUCAAACGCUCAGAAGAAAGUGCCAAUACCCGAGGGCCUGGACCUGGACAAGUGGAUCUAUGAGCCUCCCCCUGAGAGUGAUAAUGAGUUCAAGGAUGAACUGGGCUUCUUGUUGGAGCCGUCCAGCACACGGGGGACAAUGGGUGGAGACAAGAGUCCCAUGAGCAAGGGCAAGAGACGGAAGAGGAAUAAGGAGGAGAAAGAGGAAGAGCUGGAGAUGGAGAAGCGUCGAGAGCAGCGUCUGCAAGACCAGAUGAGCAACCCUCACUAUCUGAAGCCCUCGUCCAAGUCCUCCACUCCUGCCAGAGCCGACGAGUCUUCUGGACUGGCCAGUAGAAUGGACGUCAGCAACAUCCCCGUCAGCAAACUGGAGCUGGGAGUAGCCUUGGUCAUUGAUGACCCUUCACUGAAGACUCCUAUCUCAAAGAAGGACAGAAGAAAGAAAAAGAAGAGACGUGGCAAGAAAGGUCAACAAGAGGAUAGCUCAGAUGAAGAGGUGAUUGCCCCCCGGCCGACAGUAGACACUGCGGUGGAAGAACUCCCAGAGGGGGUGGAUCUUUCUGAUGAGGACAGAAAGAAGAAGAAGAAGAAAGGAGCGGUGGCGGCAGUCGUAAAAGACGAGCGGUUCAAUGCCUUGGAUCAGAACCUUGAUGCUCCACUGAGAGAUGAUGAAAUGCUUCCUGUGCGCUCCCAUAGAGUAGUGGCACCAAUGGACACAACAGAGGAGGGCAAACUGGAGGAGCCUUCAAAGAAGGAGAAGAAGAGAAGAAAGAAGAAGGAAAUGGCUGAAGAUGAGAUUGAGGGUGAUGAAGGCAGGAAAAGAGGAAAGAAGAAGAAGGGCGGCAAGAAGGCCUCUCUGAUAGACGUGGGAGAGGUAGAGGAGGAGCCACCAGCUGUGGACACCACUGUGGACCAACCAGAGCCAGUGGGAGAGAGCAAGGAGGAAGGAGAGUUGAACGACCUAGACUUCUGGCUCUCAGGUCCUGAUAAGUCCUCUGAUGCCAAAUCAGACACACCCAAACAGCCACCACCACCCCCAGCUGCUGCUGAGGACACGACAGAGGAGGCAGGAAAGAAAAGAAGGAAGAAAGGAGAGAAGAAGACCAAAAAGGAUAGUAAAGGAAAGAAGAGGAGGAACAAAGAAGGAGAGGAAGAGCAACCUGUCACUGCUGCCGUGGCAACCGGCUCAGAGCUCAUGGGACUAGAUAUAGAGGCUCCUAAAGAGCCUGUCUCCUCAUUCAAGCUCCUUACUGAAGACCAGAACAUAAAAAUGACAUACGAGACUAGGCCCAACAUGCUCUACAAUGGUCAGGUGACCGUGGCUGUAAUCUUCCACAACCUAACAGACCACCAGCUGGUCUCCUUGGACUUCAACGUGUUGGACUCUCUCAACACCAAACUAGAGAGACCAAUGGGUACUGGCAGCCAUGACAGUGUGAAGCUACCCUUCCAGCUACCUCCCGGGGCAGCCAACGAGUGUCAGUUCACCUUCUAUGUGCAGAGCUUCCUCAUGCCUCAGAAACUCAGGGGAACCACCACCUACAUGGUCAAGUCUGAGACUGGUACGACUGGAGAGAAGCUGGACUUCAAGAUCAUGCUCCCCUGCUCAGCAUUCAUCUGCCCAGUGCCUUGUUCCCAGCAACAGUUGGCCAACUGGUUGGGAGGGGGCAGUCUCUGUGACACCCAGGCCAUUAAGGUCAAGUUCUCCCAGACUCCUGACUUCAGCAGUGCCCUGACGGCCAUUGCAGGGACCCUCCAUCUUAUGGUAGUGGAGAAGAUUGAUGAGAGUGCCUCUUUGUACGGCUCCUCUAUUGCCAACCACCACAUCUGCAUACUGCUCAAGGCUCAGGGAGAGACUGGUAUAAGUAUCAACGCCAAGGGCAGCGACCCCCAACUGGUGUCCAACCUCCUGGAUGAGAUCAAGGCCAUUGUCUAGAACUCAACUGACUAACUCUGUAGUACAUACAUGUAGUUUUGUUUUCUUUUGUGGAUUAGAUUUUGAGACAAUGUCUCAUAAAGAUUUGUUACAAGUG